GAGGACAUCACGGAAAGAAAAAAAAAACGUAACGGCGGCAGCAGCGCGAACCUUUUUUGACGUCGAGCUCGGCUCUCUCUACGCUGCGCCGAGCCCGCGCCAUCAUAGCGGACCCGGACUAUGCCCGGUGCGGCGCCGACGAGUGGAAAGACCACUUGACGGGCCUACGACGAGGUCCGCGCCGCUGCCGGGAGGGGAAGAAACACAUUUGUUCUUAUGGGAGCAGCAUGCGGGAAAUGGUCGGCGGUUGCUGCGUGUGUUCCGACGAGCGAGGCUGGGCAGAAAAUCCGCUGGUUUACUGUGACGGACACGGCUGUAACGUCGCCGUGCAUCAAGCAUGUUAUGGCAUAGUACAGGUGCCCACUGGCCCGUGGUUCUGUCGAAAGUGUGAGUCACAGGAGAGAGCUGCUCGAGUGAGGUGUGAGCUGUGCCCUCACAAAGAUGGCGCACUAAAGAGGACAGACAAUGGAGGUUGGGCUCACGUUGUGUGCGCUCUCUACAUCCCUGAAGUGCAGUUUGCAAACGUCCUUACCAUGGAGCCCAUCAUCCUUCAGUAUGUUCCACAUGAGCGAUACAUGAAGACAUGUUACAUCUGUGAGGACCACGGCCGAGAGAGCAAGGCGGCAUGUGGCGCAUGCAUGGCCUGUAACAGACAGGGCUGCAGACAGGCAUUCCAUGUCACCUGUGCUCAGAUGGCAGGUCUGCUGUGUGAGGAGGAAGGCCCGGAAGCCGACAAUGUCAAAUAUUGUGGCUACUGCAAGCACCACUAUAACAAAAUGCAAAAGAAACUGCGCUCGAGUGAAAAUACAGGUAGUGCUUUCAGUCAUUCCAGGGGGCGCUCCACUUCUCCAUCGCAAGACAAACACCACCACCACCACCGGCAGAGGAAGAGUCAUAAGGACAAGAUGCGUCAGAAGGAGCGGCACAAGAAUACUUCGGACAAUUUGGUCCCUGCGGUAAUGCAGAGCAGUAUAGACAUGCUCUCUUCUAGUCAUCACAGCCCCAAAGACAGUGAGGGAAAGUCCAAGAAGCUCAGCUUACACAGUCAUCGCAGUAAGAAAACCGUAAGCAGCGGCAAGAGCUGCUCCUCCUCUUCCUGCUCGUCCAGUCCAUUUAAUGCAGGUAUCUGCGCAACAAUUAGGUGUGCUUUUUGGCUUUGUGUUUCUCAUGAAGGUGGAUUCUUGUCUACAGCUACAGAUUUUCAUCAGUUCUCCUCCCCCCGUCUGGAGCGUGACCAUAGUAGCGAGGAUCGCAAAGCGCGUCACAGGAGGCUCGCGGUCCAGGAGGAGGCUGUGGAGGAUGAAAAGAAUGAAGACAAAGAUGAGGACGACAAGGAAGAAGAGGCUCGUAAAUACCACAAGCCGCCAGCAUUGACUCCCACUGAAGGCCAACUCGCGAGGUUGCAGGGUCACGAUCAGUCGGAUGGGACCUCGAGCCCCUUUGAGAACAAGGUCACAAUUUCAACUUUUGGAUCCAUCAUGCGCAUCACCUCCACAUCCGCGCUGGGUAGCAGCAGUAAGAUCCGCAAGCUCUCCACGGUCGACUACAAACCCUCGAAGUCUCUGUGCAAGCUCUCUCAGCUGAGCACGCCGCCCAUUCCGGAAGAGGCGGACCAAGAGGGCAAAAGCAGCCCCGCAACUCUGACGCGAGAGAGACGGCACCGCGGCAACAAAAAGAGUCGCCACGGUCCAGGGCGGCCUCGGGGCAGCAAGAACCAAGAGAGGAGGGAGAACGCGCACCAUCACCACCACCACGACAACACGCCUCCUCCUCAUCCAGUCUUCACCCCCUCGCUCUACCCAAGCUCGUCUUCCAUUACGCAACCCUCCUUCUCCACCACCACCACUACCACCACCACCCUUUCCUCCUCGUCACACUCAUCCUCCUCAACGAGCAGCUUUUCUACAAGCCGUGGGAGCUCGCUGCUUGGCUCGGGUAUCUAUUCCAGCCUAAAGAACCCUCUCUGCAGCACCUCUGCAUCUCUGGGUGGAGGGGUGUGUAGCGCCUCUCUCUCAACAGGAGUCCUUCCGUCCCACGCACUCUCUCUCCCACCAGCCAACACCGUCACAAACCCACAGGUGCUUACAGGGUAUAGCAGCGUGACAUCCUCACAACCUUUCACCAGUGGUCUUUCCACACUGCCGCCACUACUGAGCCAAGCCCCGACUUCACUACCAGAGUCAGAACUUGAUGACUGUCACUUCCCAUGUCAAGGAAACUCACCAAGGGAGAGUCUUUCAUCACAGUAUGUCACUUGGUCUCCGAUGAGCUCCCUUCCCCUCCUGUUUGACCAGAGAGAUGGCUUAGGUGCAGGAGUUCGAGCGUGUCCUGAGAACAUACCCCAGUCCAGCUCCCACAUUGAGCUCCUGCUGGAGAAACAUGGCAAUGGAGAGAUGGGAGUUAACAUUGUCGAGAUGCUGCAGUCACUUCAUUCGCUGCAACAAGAGAAUCAGCGCCUCCAAGACCAGAUUCUCAGCCUGACAGCCAAGCGGGAGCGGAUGCAGCUGCUCAACACAGAGUUGGCCGUACCUUUCCCUCAUGGUCUUUCUGUCCAAGCCUCUUUGCACGCCGCUUCCCAGGUCAACUUCCUGUCCUCCAGUCCAGACCCCCUUAUCACCAGUAACAGUGCCCUGUCCAAGACCUGUUUCCUUAACGACACUUCCUUCGUUACCUCCUCUGAGGACCUGCACUCUGGUAGUCCGUCCCGCAGUAGCUCCUCCCUCUCCUUCCAGAGUACCCCUCCUCCGCAACAAAGCCCCGCCUCCUUAAGUCAGCCCGUGCUGAACGGACGAGCUUCGAGCGACGGUUUAGGGACAAUCAGCCAGGCUGGCAGCUCCACUCAGCCUUUGGCGGGCGGGCUGUUGGCGUCUCUCGUAGGAAGCCCUCAACUGAGUAUGACCGGUGCGCUAAGCCUUUUAAACGGGGUGAUCCAGUCUGCUGUCCAAAGCGCCUCCCAGUGCACACUCCCUGCUCUACGACCCCAGCCGCCUCCACUCCACCCCCAGUCCGCGGCACAGAGCUUUCAGCUUCCCAAGAGUGCGAGCCCAUCUUCUCUCCUGUCCGAGCAGCAAAAGCAGCUACUUGUGGAGCAGCAGCAACAGCUCCAACACUUCCUGACGUCACAGAACUUCACUCCGGAGCAGCGGGCGGUAGUCUGCCAGAUGCUGCAGCAACAAAAGCACAGGGAGCUGCAGCGCCUCACGCUGGCAGGAGCCCUGACGUCUGCACCGAGCUCGCCCAACCUGCUGUCCUCGGUGGCCGCAUCCCCCCUGCAGGGCAGCCAAGGGGGAAACCUCUUCGGUCUGCAGGAGGGUGCGCUUCACAAGCCUGCUGCGGGAGAAAAAAGUGGAGACAAGAACGGGUGAUCGGUUGUCAGAAGCACAUAUCAGGCAUCGCUUCUUGAGGAAGACGUCAGGUCAUGUUUCUUUCAUUUCUCCGCCCUCUUUUAUGAAUGUACAACAGGAUGGACUUAAAGGGUGAGAUUUUUUGCGUGUUUAAGUUUAUUUUCUAUGUUUUGUUUGAUACUGGCAGCUUUCAGAGAAAAACUCUCUUUUUUCAAUUGCACUAAAUUUUAUUUGACCAACAGACACGCUCGUGUGGAGCGAGCCAGACUUUACGUUCGAAGUCUCAAGCACUGAUUCUUAAGGAAACCUUCAAGAAUACAUUUUUACUUUUACAUGUCGGGUGUUGCAGAUUCCGGCCGCUCGUCGCAACUUCUGUCUUCCUGGACUUGUUGUCUUCCCGUUGUGUUUGCCCCGCCCACAUUUCUUCUCCAAACACGUGCGAUUUAUAUAAUUUCGAUAUGUGGCAUUUCAGAAAACGUUAACUAGAUAUUACCUCAACAUUUCCAGACAUUUUUUUUGUUUUCUAUCGUGAUGUGUGCUUUCCAUUUUGUGAAAGCUCGUUUUUACUACUGGAUUUAAAAAAAAAAGGGGGGAAAAAAUGGAAUCGGUGAAUAGAAGAAGCACGCGUUUUUUUUUUCCAGUUGCUAGGGAGAUUAAAGAGGACGAAACCAACAUUUGGAAGUGCGCACUUUGCAUGUUGGUAGCUAGUCAUUAACACAUAGGACGCUCAGUACCUGCUUUUUGAUUUACGAGAGGAUUGAUUAGGCAGAGCAAUUUUUAUGUAUUUUGUGUUUUCAUGUCAGCUGUUCCUUUAGCAAUACUGGAUAGAUAAUGCCUUAAUGAUGUUAGAUACACAGAAAAAAACCUAAUCUUUACUUCGCUAAUCUUUUGUAAUCCCGGGUACAUGGGGAUUUGCCCACUCAGCACUCUUCCUAGACCCUUUUAUACAUUUUAUAGAUGUCAUCAUAUGUGAAUAACCUGAUAGUGAUAACAGAAAGCGUCUUUUCUAUGGUAUUUUUCUGUGUUUCAAUGCAACGUUGUCAUGUGCUUCUGAGAUGUGCGACACAAGGACAUGAUUUAAAUAUUAGAUAAGGACUUGGGUGGGGGGGGUUGAUAUUUAUUUGUGCUCAGCGCCCAGUGACCAUCAUCCUGCUCUCAAGGAUGAACCAAUGAGACACAAGAAGACAUCCAAGUCACCGAAGAAGUGAAAAUAUGAGAAUUAGAAUUUGAAACAUUGCCAAAUUCCGCCUCGGACAGAAAAAAAUAAUAAUUAUUUAUGCCGUGAAGAGUUUUUGGGUUUUGUCAAUUAGUGGUGGUUAAAACCGAGUGGCUGGGAUUGUACUGUGGCAAAUUACAUGUAGGUUUUUUUAGGGCUAUUCUACCAAAUCUGCCAACGCUCUCAAAAAAAAAAAAAAACUCAACUUAAGUCCUCGUUCACAAUGCAGCUCAAGUCCAGCUUUUUUCCAAUUGAGCUUUUUCACGUUGGUAAAAUUUUAUUGCAUUUUUCGUAUCUGGAUAUAAAUCAAAUUAUUCCGAUGCAACUGCAGUCUGAAUGCUCAGGUUGCGUUCAUUGUGAGGCAUAAAGCAAUCACAAAAAUGCACAGUAUAGUUUGCUUAAUAAAAAUAUAUAUAUUUUACAGGUAAUUAUUGUGAAUUUUACACAGGUCCAAUUUUGUUUGUCUGCUAAGAGAACAGACUUUUAGUUUUUCCCUGUAUCCAACAUGAUAUUUAGGGAGUAUUGUGAUUAAAAAUGGGAUCCAAUAUCAUUAGAAAGCCCCUGAAAUGAGCAAGGUAGGACCGCGUCAAAGAAAAUGUUGCAGUAGCGGCGUUAGACACAACAGAAAAGGUCUUUUCUCGCACGUGCUUACAAGUUAUUCUUUUAACCAUCAGAGGAAUUGUUUUUAUUUUUUUUACAUGUAAUAUUUUGUUGUGUAGCAAUCUUGUCUUUUUGUCACCUCUCCAACUAUGAAGACAAUCUCCUACACGCCACAUUUGGAGUUCUAUUCGGAAGUACUAUUGGAGCAAAAAAAAAAAAAACUGUGUGUGUGUAGAUCGGUGUGUGCAACAGGAAUUUGGCCCGAAUGUGUGAAUGUUGUCUGUGUUGGCCCUGCGGUGAGGUGACGACUUGUCCAGGGUGUACUCCGCCUUCCGCCCGAGUGCAUCUGGGAUAGGCUCCAGCACCCCCCGCGACCAUGAGAGGGACAAGCUGUAAAAAAGGGAUGAAUUACCACUCCAGUAUAGGGCUGGGCGAUAUGGCCUUUUUUAAUAUCUCAAUAUUUUUAGGCCAUAUCGCGAUACAUGAUAUAUAUCUCCAUAUUUUGCCUUAGCCUUGAAUGAACACUUGAUGCAUAUAAUCACAGCAGUAUGAUGAUUAUAUGUGUCUACAUUAAAACAUUCUUCUUCAUAUUGCAUUAACAUAUGCUCAUUUUAAACUUUCAUGCGGAGAAGGAAAUCACAUCCAAGUCAAUUGACCAAAACUCUAUUUAUUAAACAGUUAUUAAGCAGUGGCGCAAACAUACAUCCAUCCAUCCAUCCAUCCAUUUUCUACCGCUUAUUCCCUUUCGGGGUCGCGGGGGGCGCUGGCGCCUAUCUCAGCUACAAUCGGGCGGAAGGCGGGGUACACCCUGGACAAGUCGCCACCUCAUCGCAGGGCCAACACAGAUAGACAGACAACAUUCACACUCACAUUCACACACUAGGGCCAAUUUAGUGUUGCCAAUCAACCUAUCCCCAGGUGCAUGUCAUUUCAAAACAGAAAGUGCAAGAUUGUUAGAGGCAUUUUAAAACAAGCUAUUAGUGCACUUUUGUGCAUGAUGUCACUAAGAUGACAUAUCAAAACAACACUAAUUUAAAGUGCACUUUUUGUACAGAACGCCCCUACAAUAGUUUAAAAAAAAUAAAUUGCACUUUUGUGCAUGAUGUCACACAAGAUAUUUCAAUAACUGUCAAAUAGAAAUUAGCUUCACAAUAAGAAAUUAAAUAGUGUAUGUCCUUCGCUAUGUGGUAGGUUCCUGCGGACGUUAUCUCCUUCUGGUGUUGACUAUUUUUUUCAUACGAUGUUGAUGUGGAAAUUGUUGCCUCGGCAUUUUGUUGUAUACGUAUGGGACGUAUGUAAGAAAGUGCACUUGUUUUACAUCUCUGUGAGAAGGAGAGAAGACAAAGAGCGGGAAUGGCCUGUCGUGUAAUGCCUGCAGCAACUGCGAGAACGUAUACUCGAAUAUCACGAUAUAGUCAUUUUCUAUAUCGCACAGAGACAAACCCGCGAUAUAUCGAGUCGAUAUAUCCCCCAGCCCUACUCCAGUAUAUAAAAACAUAAACACCAACAUACAGAAAAACCCAUCGGCUGUAUUGGUUUUAAUCAGCCCCUGAAAGGGUACCUCUUUUUGUAGACCAAGGAUCUAGAAAAUUCCAAAUUAAACCAUGGAUGCAUGGCAGAGAUAUUUAUAUAACAAUCUUGCCUUCCUUCAUACUUCCUCCGUUUGGAAUUUUCCCCAUUUGACGUUUUUACCAUUUGUGAUGUCAGCAGAUUUCUCCAUAUAUGUUAAAGAUUUACCCAAAGAGCUUUGUGCGUAUCCGCCAUUGUCGUCAAUUAGUUCCUUCUUUGUUUUUUGUUCGUCAGUGUUAAGAUUUGUUUGUGUGGGGGGGAAAAAAAUGUUGGAUUUGUGUGUGUGUGUGUGUGUGUGUGGGUGAUACUGAAAGGCAAUACCAGGCUGAUAUUUAUUUACUUCUAAUUUCAUGAUCAUACAACAAAUUUGUCACAACAAGAUUGCCAAACAACAACUAAAAACAAUGAUUUAAAUAUAUAUUUUCAUUUUUAUAAUAAUCUGAUCAAUCACACUACUCAGCCUCCCUGGGAAAGUUUACGGCAAGGUACUGGAAAGGAGGGUCCGGCCGAUAGUCGAACCUCAGAUUCAAGAAAAGCAAUCUGGAUUCCGUCCUAGUCGUGGAACAACUGACCAGCUCUUUACUCUUGCGGGAAUGCUGGAGAAGGCCUGGGAGUAUGCCUAUCCAGUCUACAUUUGUGGAUUUGGAGAAGGCGUAUGACCGGGUCCCCCGGGAGAUCUUGUGGGAGGUGCUGAGGAAGUACGGGGUGAGGGGAACUUUGAGGGCCAUCCAAUCUCUGUACAACCAAAGCGAAAGUUGUGUCUGGGUGCUUGGAUGUAAGUCGGAUCCGUUUCCUGUGGGGGUUGGUCUACGCCAGGGCUGCGCUCUGUCACCUAUCCUGUUUGUGAUUUUCAUGGACAGGAUUUCUAGGCAGAGUUGUGACCAUGACGGAGAGAGUAUACAUCUCGGGUGGCUAAAGAUUGCGUCACUGCAUCUUCGGUUAGUGACCUUCAGCUCUCACUGAAUCGGUUCGCAGCAGAGUGUUCAGCUGCUCGAAUGAGGAUCAGCAUCUCCAAAUCUGAAGCCGUGGUUCUCAGCAGGAAACAGAUGGUUUGUAAAGUCCAGGUAGAAAGACUCUGUCCCAGGUGGAGUAGUCUAAGUAUCUCGGAGUUUUGUUCACAAGUGAGGGAAAAAUAGAGAAGGAAAUCAACCGGAGAAUCGCAGCAGCUGGGGCAGUAUUGCAGUCUCUCUGCCACACUGUUGUGACGAAACGAGAGCUGAGCCAGAGGGCUACCGAGUUAUCUACAUUCCUACUCCCACCUAUGGUCAUGAAGUGUGGGUCAUGACCGAAAGAAUAAGAUCGAAGACACGAGCGGCCAUCAGAGUUUCCUCAGAAGGGUGGCUGGCAUCUCCCUAGAGAUAGGGUGAGAAGUUCAGUCACCCGAGAGAGACUCGGAGUAGAGCCGCUGCUCCUUCGCUUGGAAAGGAACCAGCUUAGGUGGUUCGGGCAUCUCGUGCAGAUGCCUCACGAGCGUCUCUCUUGGGAGGACCUCGUUGCACGUCCCAUUGAGAGGAGACCCCGCGGCAGGCCAAGGUCCAGAUGGGGGGAUUACAUCUCCUCUCUGGCCUGGGAACGCUUUGUGAUCCCUCAGGAAGAAGUUGCUAAUGUUGCUCUGGAGCGGGAAGUCUGGAGGUCUCUGCUGGAGAUGGAUGGAUGUAUGAUCAAUCACAUGUUCCUUUUCAUACAGUGACUUUUGCUAUUCACGUUUUAUGCUGCUGAAAAUGCAUCCCAGAGCAAGCUAUCUGUAUUAACAAAAAAAACAUGAAUUUCAAAGAUAGAUUUUAUGAAUUCUGUGGGGCUUUUUUCCAUCUUUACUGUCCGUCCAUCCAUCCAUUUUCUACCACUUGUCCCCCUCGGUGACCGGUGUGUUAAUUUAGUCCAGAUUUGAGAGCUUUUAAGUAAAGUUGUCUUGAAACUGGACCUGAACUAUAGUGGUCUACAUGGUGAAAAAGGGGUAGAAUGUGACUUUAUUAUAUUUUCAGAAACAGAUGAAAGCUUUCACGAACCAAAAACUUUGUUGUACACACCUACAUUCAUAUUUUUGUUAUAUUGUUGUUAUUUGUGCCCUACAGUAGUGACAAGUGAGUCAAAGAUUUUGACAUUUCAAGUCAAAAGUAUCAGUCUGAUUAUCGACUACCAGUAUCACCCACCAUUUAAACAUGGAAGCCUGCCUGACAUUGCCAGGUGCUCAGCACCUACUAGUGGUGAGUACAGGCAAACAUGGACACACAGAUUGUUUUAAGCACACACAAAUCCAAACACAGACACACAAAUUAGAACACGAACACACGGAUCUGAUUACACACAGAAACACAAAUGUAAACACAGACACACAAACUAGAACAUGGACACGCGGAUCUUUUUACACACAGACACAAAUGUAAACACAGACACACAGAUCUGAUUACACACAGACAAAUAAAUGUAAAUAUAGACACACAAACACGGAAAAGCAGAUUUUAUUACACACAGACACACGAACGGACACAGAUCUGAUUACACACAAUUGUACACGCAGACACACAAAAUAGAACACGGACAUGCGGAUCUGAUUACACACAGACACACAAACUGGAACAUGGACAUGUGGAUCGUAUUACACACACACACACAAAUGUAAGCACAGACACAAAAACUAAAACAGGCAUGCGGAUUUAUUACAAACAGACACAAAAAUGUAAACACAGACACACAAACUACAACAUAGACACGCGGAUCUGAUUACACACUGACACACAAAUGUAAGCACAGACACAAAAAAUAGAACACAGGCACGCAAUGUAUUACACACGACACAAAAAUGUAAACACCGACACACAAACUAUAACAUGGACACGUGGAUCUGAUUACACACAGACACACAAAUGUAAACAGACACACAAACUAGUACACAGGCACGCAGAUGUAUUACAAAGAGUCACAAAAAUGUAAACACAGACACACAAACUACAAAAUGGACACGCUGAUCUGAUAACACACAUGUGUAAACACAGACACACAAACUAGAACACGGACACGCGAAUCUGAUUACAUAGAGACACACAAAUGUAAAAAGACACACAAACUACAAGACGGACUCGCGGAUCUUAUUACACACAGACACAAAUGUAAACACAGACACACCAACUAAAACCCGGACACACGGCUCUGAUUACACACAAACACACAAAUGUAAACACAGUCACACAAAGUAGAACAUGGACACGCGGAUCUUAUUACGGACAGACACACAAACUACAACACAGGCAAGCGGAUCUUAUUACACACAGACACACAAAUGUAUGCACAGACACAAAAACUAGGACACAGACACACAGAUGUAUUUCACACAGACACACAAACUACAACACAGACACACGAACUACAACACAGACACGGAGAUUUAUUUCACACAGACACACAAAUGUAAACACAAACUAGAACAUGGACAUCCGGAUCUUAUUACAGACAGACACACAAAUGUAAGCACAGACACACAAACUAGAACACAGGCAUCCGGAUUUUUAACAAACAGACACAAAAAUGUAAACACAGACACACAAACUACAACAUGGACACGCAGAUCUGAUUACACACAGACACGCAAAUGUAAACAAAGACACACAAACUAGACCAUAAACACGCGGAUGUUUUUACAGACAGAUACACAAACUACAACACGGACAGGCGGAUCUGAUUACACACAGACACAUGCAUGUAAACACAGACACACAAAUGUAAACAUGGACACACAAACUAGAACAUGGAGACGCGGAUGCUAUUACACACAGACACACAAAUGUAAACAGAAACACACACAAAUGUAAACACAGACACACAAAUGUAAACACAGACACACAAAUGUAAACACAAACACACACAAAUGUAAACACAGACACACAAAUGUAAACAUGGACACACAAUCUAGAACAUGGAGACGCGGAUGUUAUUGCACACAUACACACAAACUAGAACACGGAUAUGCGGAUCUUAUUACAGACAGACACACAAAUGUAAACACAGACACACAAACUACAAAAACAGGCACGUGGAUCUGAUUACACACAGACACACAAAUGUAAACAGACACACAAACUGGAAGACGGACUUGCGGAUCUGAUUACACACAGACACACAAAUGUAAACUAGACACACAAUCUAGAAGACGGACUUGCGGAUCUGAUUACACACAGACACACAAAUGUAAACAGACACACAAAUUAGAAGACGGACUUGCGAAUCUGAUUACACACAGACACACAUAUGUAAACAGACACACAAACUAGAAGACGUACAUGCGGAUCUGAUUACACACAGACACAAAUGUAAACACAGACACACAAACUACAACACGGACACACAAAUGUAAGCGCAGAUACACAAACUGGAAGACGGUCACGUGGAUGUGAUUACACACUGACACACACACCAGAACACGGGCACACGGCUCUGAUUACACACAGACACACACACACACAGAUACGCAUUUGACAACUGUUUUGCUCCAAUAGUAUGUGUUGUUUAGUCGAAGCUGUCAGUCUCUGAUGUAGCAGUGACUGAAGGAGAAUUGUGUCAAGUGUGGUCAAAACAAACACAAAGUCUACAAUUGUGAAGUGUGUGUGUUUAUGGAAUUGUGACAUCAGACAAUGUGCGCAUGAAGGAAGUGAGGCAAAGGACGUAUUUUUCUUUCCCAUGUUGCACUGGGGCACGGCGGGCCCACGUCGUAAACCAUUAUGAGUUGUACAUUUUUGUUCCAAUGCCGUAACCAAGAUGUUCUGAAUGUCGUAGUAUGUUUCUUAAGUGUUCCAACAUUAGAGCACCUGUCUCACAACGAGGUAUGACGGAUCGCACGUCACUCUUUGGAAAUCAUAAUUGCACAAAACGCAGUGAGGUGAUGAAUACGAAGUUAUUGCUCUGCAUGAUUAAAAAUGCAUCGUUACCCCGAGGAGAGAAAAAAAAUGAAUGAAACGAGCACUUAAAUGGAAGGAGGUUGUCAUUGUACAGUGUAUUUGCUUGAGAGAAUUGAUCAACGAGGAAUUUGAGCAUAUUCAGAUUAAAUCCCUGUAAAGUAUUUUGAUAUUUUUGUGUGUAAAGUUAAAUGGAUGGAUGAAUACAGGUUUUUUGUCAAUAAAUGUAUUUUACUGA